GCUUUUAAGAGAGAGAGAGAGAGAGAGAGAGAGAGAGAGAGAGAGAGAGAGAGAGAGAGAGAGAGAGAGAGAGAGUCACAACAGCCAGUAACCAAUAGCCUUGCCUAUUGUGAUCAUUAGCCUUGUUAGCAAAUGCAGCAAGCUAGCAAUUCACUCUGAGACUCGCCAAUGCGAUUACAAUUGGGACACUAGACUGCAGCUAACUUGGAAGGAUUUUUCUUUUUGCUCCAACUGAAGAGUAACCAAGGAAUCUGUUCUACAUCAGCCUGACCAAAAUGAAAAUGAGACUACAGAACCUCUUCUACAUCUUUUUUUUCAUAGUGAUGAGUCUUUUACUUGUAAAUGGACAGAGGCCAGGAAACUUCACCCAAAGAAGAAAAAUCCAUAGGCAUCUCUGCCCACACAGAAGAUGCCUGCCUCUUCAUUCACGAGUCCCCUUCCCCUAAGGUCUAAAUUUCUGUGCCAAAACUGGGAAAAGAUGAGGAAGAAAUGGAGCCUACUGGUGCUGCCUGGACACAGACAGGUCUCAAAAGCACCUCUUCAGAUUCAGUUUACCAAAGCAGUCGCCUUCAGACUGAUGCCCAUCACCGUUCGACACCAAGCUACCACAACCAAAUUAAAACUCAAAAGCAAAUAGACUUUCAAGAGAUUAGAAUUUAUUUACCAAGUAAACUGCGGGAUUGUGGUAUAGAGUUGCCAGAUAGUUCUGGAAGGGUACCCUGCUUGCAGUUUAUUAGAUAUUAACAUAGCAAUCAUUUAACCAGUAAAGCCUGUAGGAUAUGUUAAUAUCAAUUACAUGCUUUAUUAAUGGGGGUUAUUUAGAGCCAUUGCCAUUGCUGGGUCAGGCCUGUGACAUUAAAGUCAAUAACUGUAUGCUUAACACAGGAAUUCCCAGGGUGUUUAAAAAUACCAGAUUCCCUUGGCUCAGACCAAUUGGGUAAUACCAAGACAGAGACACUGAACCAUUGCAAAAUGCUUGUGACAUUGGAAAUCAUAUUGUAUAUAUUUUAUUAUUAAUUCAUAUUUUGUUUGUAGUCGCGAUACUUUAACGAGUGUAAAGGAACUUCAUUGUAAGUAGACAUCUAGGCAGCAUAAUAAUGUAUUUGUUUGCCUGAUGAAGUAAACCAUAUCUUAAAACAUUUUCACUACUCUUUCAAUAAACUUUGUGCUAUCUGGUGUACAUAAAAUGUCACACUGCUUUUCAGUUAGUAGUUAUGUGUAUUAAAUAUGUAUUAGUAUAUAAGAAGUUUAUUAUGUAAGUUAUGCACUUCA